AUGGAUAAAACUGAAGUUGUACACCAUGAUGACUUGAAGCACAUCUACCAACACAGCGACAGUAAUGACUCCAGCACCUCCUAUUCAAGGACUCCUACUACUACACAUCCUCCAUCAUUGAGGAAAGAAAGAUCUUUAAGCAAUGAUACGGCGCCUACAUUGCAUCAUCACCAUCAUCCAGAUGUAUCCAUGUCUCGGCAAUCGUCCUCGACUACGAUAUCUGAUGGUCGUGAAACGAGCCAUACAAUCAUUGUGUCUUCUGAGCAAACGGACGAUGACGAGAAACAUUGGGCCCCUGCAGCAACAAAGGCCACGGAUCAUGACAAUGGGCGGAUUCGGACACACCCGAUGGCAUGGAUCGCACUCUUUUUCCUUGUUGUGCUUCGUUCAGCUGUUUCCAUUUUCCAAAAUACAUUUAGUCCUAUCCCUACGGUGGUUGCAGAUUACCUUGGUGUAACUCUCACUGAGGUCAACUGGUUAUUUAACAUCCAAGCGGUUGUAUACAUUGCAUUAAGCUUUAUCACUGGUUGGCUCUUUGAACGACUCGGCACCAAACGCUCGCUCAUCCUUGCCGGGUUAAUCACUGCAGCUGGUUGCUGGGUUCGUUGGGUUGCUGUGCUCAUCCAUCCACCUUCAUUCCCGGUGAUGAUGCUAGGUCAAGUUAUUGCAUCGGUCGGCAGCCCUCUAACACUUAACAUUAUGACCAAGUUUGCAGCGGUGUGGUUUCCGGAAAAUCGACGAGCUACAGCGGGCAUGUUUGUCGCGUCAAACUAUGGUGGCAUGAUUGCAAUGUUUCUUAUGCCAGCAGUUGCAACGGGCAAAGACAAAAUUGAAAUGACAAUCAUUAUGGUUGCUGGCAUUUGUACCGGUGCAACUAUUCCUCAGUUUUUGCUACCUGCAAAACCUCCUGUACCCGUUUCAUAUGAGCCACAACAGAAGACGGGUACCACUUCACCACCAUCCAAAGCUUUGUUUCUCCAAAGCACUAUAGCUCUCAUGAAAAGUGUCCAUUUUUGGAUCUUGUGCGGUAUCCAUGGCAUCAAUGUCGGUUUAAGUAUCGCAUGGGGUGCUCUACUGAACCAGGCUAUCACGCCAUACGGCUACAGCGACUCUCAAGCAGGCAACAUGGUUGCCGUUGCCAUGGCAGCUGGAGCUGUUGGAGCAUUGACGGCUGGACCAAUGCUCGAUAGCACCAAAAAGCACAAGCUCUUCCUCAAACUCAUGGCACCCUUCAUGUGCAGCACAUACGUUGCUUUGAUUUUUAUCAUUAAACAAGAUUCGUUUGCAGCCAUCAUGUACGUCAAUGCGCUCAACAACUUUUUCUUGUCCUUUAUGGUUCCAACGGUGGUUGAAUUGGGUGUCGAAGUGUCACAUCCCAUACCCGAGUCGAUUUCAACAUCGAUUCUUUGGCAGAUGGCACAACUCGUUGGCUUCAUUUUGGUGCUGGUUCUUGAUGUGUUCCGUGAUCCCAAUGGUGAUCCACCCAACAACAUGUUCCGUGGCCUUGUGUUCCAAGCAGCCAUGGCUGGCGUCAGUGUUGUGCUCAGUCUUAUUUACAAUGGUCCAAUGUUGCGUACUCAAGCAAUCAAGGAACGAGAAGAGCACAGAGCUUUGGAGAGCAACUAG